AUGACUCGUCGCCCUCUUUUGACUUUUACCCGUUUCGUUUCCAUCGGCCGCGUCGUGCUCAUUAACUACGGCCCAGACGCCGGCAAGAUUGCGACUAUCAUCGACGUCGUGGACGAGAACAAGGCACUCGUCGAUGGUCCAUUCUGUGUCACGGGUGUUCGCCGUCAUAUGAUCAACUUCAAGCGACUAUCGCUGACGGAUCUGACGGUGGAGAUCCCACGUCAGGCGCGCGAGAAGACGCUCAAGAAGGCGCUGGUCAAGGCUGACACGCUUGCCAAGUGGGAGAGCUCAACGUGGGCCAAGAAGCUUCAGAAUAAGAAGACUCGCGCUGAGCUUAAUGACUUUGACCGCUUUAAAGCCAUGAUUGCUCGCAAGCAGAAGAGUUCUCUUGUCAAGAAGGCCGUUGCUGCUGGUCGCAAGAACUAA